AUGCGUCACCGGUGUUUUGAAAUGCGAUGUGUUAUGGCGGGGAGUGGUAACAAUGGCUGAGGAUUGUCCCAUGAUCGAGAACACGAUUCACGGAUGGAUUACUGGUUAUUAUUGUGAUCGCAUCCUCCAGGAAUGGUCUCACAACUUCGAGCCGUGGUCACCGAACCAUAUCAAACUUGGAAAUUACAUCGACUCCCUCACCGGUGUGACGUGCUUGAACAAGGAGCUGCAGUACAAACUGGAACUUAUCUGUUGGUUGCCAAAACUGUUUAGACUGCAGAAGCAAGAGAAUGAAGAAUCUUUCUUGGAAAUCAUUCGGAGUAUGGAUGCAAUUAAAGAUUUUUAUCCCGAAUCCUUGUUGGAAGAGACAACUGAAUUUUUUUCACAGCUCAAGAAACAAUGUAUUCUUCUCUGCUCCCAAGAAGUUGGUUUUGUUGCCGCAAAGAAUCUCUACAAAACACUGGCAAGUGAAAACGAACUUAACAAGGUCUCCUAUUCCUCAAUCUUGGGAGUCCUCAAGACCACUCAUACCAACCAAGAGAAAUUACAGAACAGCGUCAGUGAUGACAUCAGCUGCUUGAUCUCAACCUACCUCAAGAAUAUCUUUCGACUGUAUCCACACCUUUCCUAGUCCAGGCUGCCAGCAAAGCUGUAGAAACGGAGAAGCAAGACAGUUCUGGUAUCUUUGACAGCCAAAAG